AUGGAUUAUAUCCACUCGCUCCCCUCGAACCCAGCCUUGGGGUUGAGUUGCUGCAUCAUUUUUAUCCUUCUUGCCAUAGUUUUGCACGAUGUAUACAUGUGGAAGUGCCUGCCUCCAGGUCCCCCUCCAAUUCCACUAAUUGGAAACAAAUUCCAAAUCCCUUCAAAGCACCCUUGGAUAAAGUUUGAGGAGUGGUCCAACGUAUAUGGCCCAAUAUAUACCAUCUGGCUGGGCCGUAGGCCUACGGUGGUGAUAUCUGACCCAUCAAUCGCCUCCGAGCUCCUCGAAAAACGCUCGACAAAAUACAGCACACGCCCGCGGUUCGUCACAAUGGGUGAAAUCUACUGGGAUAUGGCCAGCAUUCUGGUUCAACCGUAUGGCAAGGAAUGGCUCAUUCGCCGGCGGCUCUUGCAUUCUGCCCUAACGCCACGGGCGCUGGACAACUACACACCACUACAGGAGGCUGAAUCGAGUCGGCUAUGCUAUCAACUAUUGGAAAGUGCACAUGAAUGGGAACCACUGUUCGACCGGCUCGCAUCCUCUAUUGUCUUUGCCGUCUCCUAUGGGCACCGUGUGGAUAGCGCUCAGUCGCCGGUGAUUAAACAGCGACUUGAUUUCAUGCAAUAUGCGUCUAGUUUGAAUGUCCCAGGAGCACACCUCGUGGAGUCCUUCCCUGUAUUGAAGCAUCUACCGGAUUGGAUUGCGCCAUGGAAGGCGGAGAUCAAACGCCGGGGUCGUCUUGAGGCUGAGGCAAAUAUGACACUUGUUCGAGUAGUUCAACAGGAUGUGGAGUCCGCGAAAGAGUCCCCGGGAGCAGAGCCCCUUUUCAACAGUUUGACCAAACAGCUGCUCGAGACUAGAGAUUCGGACCCAACAGCAUUUCCGCUCAGCGAGCGAGAUUUUAGCUACAUUCCUGCUUCCCUUUUUGGUGCUGGAUCCGACACCACGUCUUCCACUUUAUGCUCGGCCAUGCUAGCGAUUGUGACAAACCCGAGAACCAUGGAAGUAGCACAGCUUGAGUUAGACUCGGUGGUAGGACGUGAUCGAUUACCUACGUUUGAGGAUAUACCAAACCUCCCCUAUCUACGCGCAUUUAGCAAGGAAGUCCUGCGCUGGCGUCCUGUGGCUGUAUUGGGUGGAACACCGCAUGCCUGUUCCGAAGACGAUUAUUAUCGCGGAUACUAUAUUCCGCAGGGAACGGUCAUGUUGGGAAAUUCGUGGGCGAUCAAUAUGAAUCCUAAGUAUUAUCCCAAUCCGGACCAGUUCAACCCUCUUCGAUUUCUAGACAUGGAUCCGCAUCUACUGCCUUAUCUCCCGAAGGAAUACACAGCAUCAGCUGAACAAGAAAAAGGUUCCGGACAUCCAAGCAAGCUUGGUCAUAGCUCAUUCGGUUGGGGGCGCCGCAUCUGCCCUGGCGCAGAUCUUGCGACUAAUACUCUACUUAUUACGCUGAGUCGGCUACUGUGGUGCUUCGAUAUUCGACCCAUCCCCGGACAAACGUAUGACACCUUAGACUAUACGAAUGGUUUCAACAUCAGGCCACGGAGCUUGCAUUUGAGCCUGCAGGUGCGAUCCGAUCAACAUCGUCAAGUUAUAGAAAGGGGAUACGAAGUUGCGACUAAGUUUCUCGAAAGGCUUUCGCCCUUUGACGAAAGAAUGCAAGGCAACUCUUGA